AUGCCUCAAGUUGAUCUCGUCACACUCGCCGAUGACGAUCCACCGCAAAACGAAGCCCCGCCGGAGUCGUUCUGGCUAUCCAAAGACGUCGAAUACGACUGGUUCGACCGCAACGCUUUUUACGAGCGAAAAGAUUCAACGAGAGCCAACUCAAAUACGAAUUCGCAGCGGUUUCCGGUUAGCUUGAAGCCCAAGGCAUCCAUAUUCGGACUCCCGAAAACUCAAAAAACCGCCUUCGUGGAGUCCAAACGCAGAGCUCAACCGGCCAGCAUAAGGCUGUUUCCCAAGCGGUCCGAGUCGAAGCCGACCGCUCCCGUGGCCGAACCGGGUUCGCCCAAGGUCUCCUGCAUGGGACGGGUCAGAUCUAAACGGGGCCGGCGGAGGUCUAACUCGGUAAUAAAACCGGGCGAGAAGCCGAAAACCGGGAUCUGCUCGAAGGUGAUGAGCCUCUUGCGGUCGAAGAAGGGCGGGAGUGGAAGAGUGAUGGAGAUCGUCAUGGUGGACGACGUCGAGCCGGCGCCGCGGAAGAGCGUGAGUGUUGAAGUGAGGGAAGUUCCGGUUAGUGGCGAACCGCCCGGUUUGGGAGGGAUGACCCGGUUCGCGUCAGGAAGGCGGUCUGGGUCGUGGGUGGCUGAGGAGAUAAAUCCGGCGGAAUUAGAUGGGCAUGUGAGUAGUAAAUGUUGA